UUGCAGACGACUGUGGAGGAAUUGGUUACAGCAACAGCUUAUUUUGAUUUGUUUCUUCGAUCUGUAACUGAUCCUGGCUUGUUACGGUCGCUUGUUAGAUUUCUAUUAGAAGAUAAUUAUGAUGACUGUAGAAUACUGGAUAGUUUAAUACAAAGGAUUUCUUCUCGAUCAAGGUUAUGUAUAGUUACUCUGGCAUUGUUUGAAACUCUGGUUAAUUUAAAUUGCGAGGAUGUUAUGUUGGAAUUGUGUUUGGGUGCAUUAAAUCCAUGUUCACACGUAAUGCUUUCUCAACGUAGUCGACUGAGAGAUAUAGAUCCUUUUGGACGUGCAGCAGAAAAAUUUUUAUCUCUGACACCACGUUGUUGUUCUGUAUUUACGUCAUUGGACUCGCAAACAAAUUCUUUACCUAGCACUGUAUCAUCUACAUAUGAUAGAUAUGGAUAUAUCACAUCUGAUUCUAUGAUAUCGCUACCGACAUCGAUAAAUUACGGUACUAGAUUAACAGAUAGCUUAUAUGGAAAUUAUCAUGCAUAUCUCUGUGAUGCUAGACAAAAAAUUAAAGCUUGCCGUAUUGCGUGUUCCAAUUGGUCUUGUCAAUAUGAUGGUAAUUUACUUCGAAAUAGCAAUACUAAUAGCAUGAUUACAUUGAUAAAUGAAAAUAUUGUAUCUGAUCAAUCACAGAAAAAGGCAGCAGAAGCUAGAACAUUGGAAAUGAUUAAGAAUGCAAUGAAAUCGUGCGAAAAUGAUGAUGAUGUACCAUUGGACAACGUAUUACUUAAUGUUCAAUCUUUGUUGGAGGGCAAAGAUUUAAACAGUAAUAAACAUAAUGUUAAAAACGAAAUCAACAUGGAUAUUGCACUGUCUUUUGACGAACAGGCACAAUUGGAUGCUGAUAUUGCAGAGUUGUUGAACGAAAAUAUCGAAAUGACAGAAUGUACAAAGGAAACUUAUUUAGAUAAGAAAGAAUCCGAUAGCUGCAUAGACGAUUCGACCACGGCGAUGAAUUCACUUAUAUCAUUAGGCGAGAGUAGCGGCUACGAAAGCAUUGCGUUUAAAGGAUCGCCAGAGUCAACACCGGACAACGAGACCAAUGAAGAUAUGAGUGAGCAUGAAGAAACGCAUGUUAUAAUUAAGAAAGAGAUUGAUGAUGUCGUUAUGCGUAAUGUCGCGGAAUCAAAUCUUCCGAUAACUGCGGAAACAUCGAGUAAAUCAAAUAAAGACACUUUCUAUCGACAGGACGUGUUUAAUGGACAGCCAAAUGUCGGUAUAUUUUUAGAUGUGAUUUUACGGAAACUCGAAUGUAUGACAAGCAAUAAUUUGUAUGUAAAUUUACAUCUUACGGGUCUUAUUAGCAGAUUGGCAGUAUAUCCACAACCUUUAUUGCAAUCGUUUCUGUUAAAUCAUUCUCUUGUAUUUCAACCCAGCAUCAGAUCUUUGUUUCAGGUAUAUAUUUAUCGAGUUGCU